AUGAAACUCAGACUCAGAUCUUUCGAAUCCAAAGAAACCCUGAAAAUCGAAGUUCCCGAUCCAUGUUCUCUUCAACAACUCAAACACACAAUUUCUACCAUACUCCCUUCUCCUUCCUCUUCCUCUUCCUCUUCUUCUCUUCAUCUUUCCCUCAACAGAAAAGACGAAAUCGACGCUUCUUCUCCCACCGAUUCCCUCCACUCACUCGGCAUCGCCGCCAGCGACCUCAUCUUCUACACCUUCAACCCCAACGCCUUCUCUAGCGAAACCCUCCCCCACAAACCCGCCGCAGAAAAGCCUCCGACUUUGGCAGAAAAGCCCGCCGUAGUGAAAACCCUAGAAAUGGUGGAUGUGUCCGACGAAACCGUGGCGUUGGUGGAGAAGAACAAUCCCGAACCUGAUUUUGUGAAAAAGAUUCUUAAAGAAGCGCUUGGCGAUGGUGGUAGCGAUUUCAAACUUUUGGUGUUCGCGGUUCAUGCUGUUAUUCUCGAGUCUGGGUUUGUUCGUGUUGAUCGAGAUUCGGGUAAGGCGAUUGAUGAUGUAUCUUCUUCUUCAAUGAUAUCUUUGAGGUAUACGCUUCCUGAGAUUGUUUCUAAAGGUUUAUCUCAUGCUGUGGGUUUAAAAAUUCAAACUUUAGGGAAUUUUGUGAAUGUUUAUGGUUCAUUGUGUGACGAUGUUGGCUCUAGGGUUCAUAGGGUUUAUUUAGAUAAAUUUAGAUUUGCUAAGCCUUUGGAGUUGAUGCUGGCAAAUUCUGAACCUAAUGCUAAUGCUAAUGCUAGUGUUAGUGUUAGUGUUAGUGGUAAUGAUAAUGAUGGUGGUGAUGAUGAAGUUUUUGAAUUGUGGAAGAUAGUGAAAGAUAAGCUUGCAUUGCCACUUUUGAUUGACCUUUGUGAUAAAGCUGGAUUGGAUCUUCCACCUUGUUUUAUGCGACUUCCGAUGGAGCUUAAGCUUCUGAUAUUUGAGUUUCUUUCGGGUGAUGAUUUGGCCAAAGUGUGUUGCACUUGUUCGGAGUUGUCGUACCUUGCGUCGAAUGAUGAGUUAUGGAGGAAAAAGUUUGAAGAGGAGUUUGGACAUAGGAUGAAUGGUAUGAAAUUUUUUAAGAACUUGUUUGCACAUUAUCGGGCAUCGAAGAAGAAAUCAGAAAAACCACCUCUACCUUUUCGAAAUCCUCGUUUUUUGGGAUACUUUCAGAGGAGAAGAGGUCCUGUUCCUUUUGGAAUGCCUCCUAUUUGGGGUGGUGAGUAUGAUCUGCAGCCAAAUUUUGGUGUGAAUCUCCCCCCUGCAUACCCACCCAGGCGAACUUUCUUUCCUCAUUGUCAUUUGGGAGAAUUUUGA